AUGGAAAUAGAUAGUGUUGCAGACGACAGCAAUUGGCGUAAAAGCCCUUCCCCCGGAAGUGAGGCUCAAGAAAAAUAUCAAUGUCCUCGCUGUCCUAGCAGCUUCAAACGACCCGAACAUCUAAAGAGACAUCAACGCAGCCACGACGGUCACAAACCAUUUGUCUGCUCUGUCUGUUUGAAGAGAUUCUUCAGGAGCGACAUUCUAACUCGCCACGAACUCAUGCACCUUGCCGCCCAAAGAAACAGCCACGCCUUCAAUCGAAAACGAGCUUGUACAGAGUGUGCAAGGGCACGGGAAAGAUGCUCGAGAGAAGAGCCUUGUCUUAGAUGUUCAACUAAGUCUCUUCAGUGUCUGUAUCCCGACGAUGGAUCGCAGAAGCCUCAUCCCUUCGGCAAUGAGUCCUCAGCUGCUUCUGGUAGCGAACACGGACAACUCGAAGACUAUUCUCGAUAUGCAUCGCAAGGUUCGUCGAUGCACUCGAAACAGGAAGACUUUUCAUCAUCAUCAUCAAACCCGAUCCAAAGGAAAUCCGUCAAUGAAGACGACACCCCUCUUCGUGAAUUCAUACGCACGCUAAGAUCCCCAGUCGGCUCGUCCUUCAUGUCAGACGUAGACCGUUCGUCAAACUUACUCUUCAAACCCUCUGCUUUCAACCAAGAAGAUCAGUCGCUUCUCUCCUCGCUCAACCUUGGCGGUGUAGCAGGCGAGCCCAACGGUUUCGAACAUAAGGGACUCGAGGCGAGUCGCCAAGCUUCGCUAUUCGAUCAGCUGGGAAGCUCUUCCUUCACCCGCGCGCGCAUGCAUGACGCGAUCAGCCUCGACGAAGCUCGUUUCGGCCAAGCCCUCGGUGACUAUUCCAAUAUCUGCCCCCCGCCCGCGCCCGCGGACCCGCCUUUAGACUUCCAUUCCGAGACUGGGCCUGGGCCGAGGGAUAACAUCGACCCGUUCUUAUCGAUGCGCGCUGGGUAUGGCGCGGGCGACCUUGCGUCUGUGUCAGAUCCUGGGGGCCUGGCUCCGACGACAGGUGCGGGCCCCUCGACAGGGGCUGCAUCGCCGGGGCUGUUGUCCAUGUCGGACUUCAGCUCGAGGCCUAUCAACUUGAAGGCGUACGAGGUCAUCGCGAGCAAUUUCAAAGAGCUCUCGCUGGACCUCGGGGGAUCCUCCUCGUCGGCCCGCAGUAAUAAUAUCUCGGAGUCCCAGCGCACUGCCCAGCAUGAGCUAUUUGUGAAACUCUACUAUGAGCAUUUCAAGCAGCAGGCUUAUUGA